UUGGAGAUGGUUGGUAGUGGCAGUGAGAAAGGUAGAGGUAAAGGGAUCGAAAUGGGAGUUGGAAUAGGAAGGAGUGAUGGAAAUCAAACAGUGAUGAUAACUGGUGUUAGCAAGGGCCUCGGAAGGGCUCUUGCAAUUGAAUUGGCUAAUCGCGGCCACACCAUUAUCGGAUGUUCUCGUGAUCAUGACAAUAAGCUCGACUUCCUUCAAUCUCAACUUCCCAGCACCAAUCAUCAUCUAUUCAUCAGCGUUGAUGUUAGGUGCAAUUACAACGUUGAAGAGAUGGCACACAUUGUUAUGGAGAAAAAAGGAGGUCCUCCAGAUAUUAUAGUGAACGGCGCUGGCGUCAUUAACAAGAACAGUAAGAUGUGGGAGGUUCCCUCUGAAGAGUUUGAUUCGGUGAUGGAUACCAACUUGAAAGGUACUGCCAAUGUGUUGAGGCACUUCAUUCCUCUAAUGAUCGCCAAGAACAAGAAUGAAAUGGGAGGGAUAAUAGUGAACAUGUCUUCUGGUUGGGGAAGAUCAGGUGCAGCACUUGUAGCACCUUAUUGUGCAUCCAAAUGGGCAAUUGAAGGACUCACUAAGUCUGUUGCUGAAGAGUUGCCUAAAGGAAUGGCAGUAGUGGCACUGAAUCCAGGAGUCAUCAACACUGACAUGCUUGCUUCAUGCUAUGGUGCUUCCUCAUCGCUUUAUCAAUCCCCAGAAUCAUGGGCUUCAGAGGCAGCCACCAAGAUACUCAAUCUUACACCUGCAGACAAUGGUGCUUCUCUCUCUAUUUGAAGUCUCCUAGCUACAUGAUUGAUU